GUGGCUCUGCGGACCUGCGGAAGGAGGCCGCGCCCUGGACGGCCCGGUUAGCCUGUGGACCCCGGCACCAUGAGAGAAUGACGCGACGGUGAAGAUACCUCCCCUCCGUCACUGGAGGGGGUCGAUUAGCUCAAAGGAGAAACAGAUCAGGCUAGGAGAGCCUAACAGGCAACGAUGGAGUCGUUCGACUCUCUGCUGACAUGCUGCAUUUGCUUGGACCGCUACCGCAACCCCAAGCUGCUGCCAUGUCAGCACUCAUUCUGCAUGGAGCCCUGUAUGGAGGGCCUGAUCGACUACGUCAAACGACAGGUGAAAUGUCCCGAGUGCCGCGCGGAACACCGGAUCCCGUACAAGGGCAUCCAGGAGUUCCCCAGCAACGUGACGAUGCAGCGCUUCCUGGACAUGUACCAGACCAUCUCGGGCGAGAUGCCCGACCCCACCCAGGGCCAGGUCAUGGAGCGAUGCCAGGUGUGCAACGAGAAGGAGUACCUGCAGCCGUGCGCACACUGUGACAAGAAGGUGUGCCCCGACUGCAAGUCCGCGCACGUGGACGUGCUGAAGCGCGAGCUGGUGCGGAUCAACAACCAGGUGAGGCGCGGCCUGCACCGGCUCCAGGACAUCCACCAGGCGGUGGACAAGAACGCCAACACGGUGCAGCAGAACUGCGUGGCCGUGCGUGAUGAGGUGGAGAACAUCGGGCAGCGCCUCAUCAAGGCCAUCAAGGACCGCACCGAGUACCUCAAGGCCGAGGUCGACUCGCACAUGUCCAACGAGGUGCGCAAUCUGAACACGCUCAAGAGUAACCUCGAGCAGGAGAUCGCCAACAUCGAGAGCAACUCGGACCUGGCCGAGAAGCACCUGAACGACAAUACAGAGUGGGACGACUGCGAGCUGAGUGACGCCAAGGACAUCUUCCUAAAGACGGUCGAGUUCAUCCGCAACUUCGAGCACGAGACGCCGACGGGCGGCGACUUCCGGCGUCCGGUGCGCUUCUCAGCUGUGCAGGACCCCAACUCGCUCAGCAAGACGCUGGAGCACUUCGGCGAGCUCAACAUCGGCAAGAAGGAGCUGCCGGAGCCGGCGGCGGGCCAGGGCUUCGGCGGCGGCUUUCCGGCGCUGAUGCCGCCCGGCGCCUCGGGGCCGGGCCUCAUGCGCAGCAAGUCCGACCACCGGCUCGUCUCGCAGCUGCGCCAGCAGGAGGAACGCGGCUACGGCGGCUACGGCGACGAGUCCGGUCGCUCGUCGCCGGUCAGCCGGCGGCGCUUCGGCGAGCGGCCGGAGCGCAAGGCCAGCGACGGCGGGCUGUACGGCGAGGACAGCGCAUACGACUCGCCCUGCGAGCGACGCCACAAGUACCGCUCCCGCUUCACGCGGCGCAACCUGGAUCCAGACGACGACAUGGAGAGCUACCGGCCCGAGCCGCACGCGCCUCACGCCGCUGAAGCACCCAAGGAGAAGAAGAAAGAGCGCGAGAAGGUCCUGGACACGGACGACGCCACCAAGGGUCCGCUCAGUGGUAUCGCGCGCAUCCUAGAUGUGCCGCGCGUCAUCCAGAAGAUGGUGGAGAAGGAGAAGGGGCCGAAGAAGAAGAAGGAGGAGCCGAAGUCGGCGGCGCCGGCGCCUGCGAAGCCUGCCCCCACACCAGCACCCGCGCCCUGGCGGCGGCAGAAGAGCGAGGACGACGAGAUCUCCAAGAUCAAGAAGAUGAACCAGGAGGCGGACGCCCGUUGCGCGUCAGGCGCCACCCCGGCCGCCGCCGCCGCCGAGCCUCCGGCCGCCGCGCCGCGCGCCACCAGCGCGUCACGCGGCUCCGUCGAGAGGCGCUCUUCGCAACCAGCGGCUCCGGCUCCGGCGCCGGCUCCUGCGGCGGCGCCGCGGCCACGUCUCUCGCGCGAGGAGUCGGGCAGCGAGACGGAUGACUCGUCGCGGCGCCGCGCCGCCCGCGUCAGUCGACCGGCCUCCGACACGCCAAUCUCCGAGUGGGUGAACGAGCCUUUCGAGACGCCCAGCUCGGUGGCGGCGCGACGGAAGGCGGCUGCCGAGUCGGCACCCCCUGCGCCCGCUGCGCCCGCUGCGCCCGCCGCGCCCGCCGUGCCUGCCACCCCCGCCGCCCCCGCCGCCCCAGCAGCGCCCACCCCGGCCGCGCCCUCAGAGCGGCCGCGGCGCACGCCGCUGCGUAUGCCCGAGCGGCGUCUGUCGCGCUCCCACAGCUCCGAGUCGACGUCAUCCGAGUCGUCGGACGUGCAGUCGCCGGCAGGCGUCGCAGACAAGCGUAAGGCAAAGCGCGGCUCGCAGCCGCCGACGCCGGCUUCUCCCGGCGCGCCGGCCACGCCACCGGCGCCCAAGACGCCGCCCGUGGCCGCCACGCCGCCGGCGCCUGGCACGCCCGUUGAUUCCGAGUGGCUGGGCGCAGCGACGCCGACAGCCAGCCGGACGGCGGCAGCCAGCGGGCCGUCGUCGGCUGCCAGCACGCCCACUCCAGGCACGCCGAGCUCUGUCGGCACGCCCACUCCCGGGACGCCAGGCUCUGUCGGCACGCCCGCUCCCGGGACGCCGGGCUCUGUCGGCACGCCCACUCGUCCGCGCUUUCAGAGCCGCUUCCUGGGUCGCGCCGGUACACCCAAGGCGGAGGAGGCCAAGGAGUCGGAGAGCAGUGACGAGUCCGAAUCCGAGUCGGAGACAGAGUCGUCCUCGGAGUCCGAGUCGGAGGAGGAGGAGGCGCCAGCGCCGCCGCUGCGACCGGCCGCCGCACCCAUGACCAAGACCAGCAUUGGCCCGCUGCUGGCGCGCAGCGCGCACGCGCGGAGCGGCUCCGGCGACGCGACGACCACGCCCACGGCCAGCGUGGCGUCGCGGCCGAGCCGGCCGUCGACGUCGUCCGGGUACGCGGCGCGUCGCGAGUCUGGCGAUUACACGCCGGCCGCGCCCGCCACCGACCGCUACGCCAGCCGCUACGGCGGCGACGCCGCGACCGAGCCCAAGCCGUACGAGUCGCGCUACGGCUCGCGCUACGGCGACUACGGCCAGGGCAAUGGGCUGACGCGCUCGCGGACAUCCUCGGCGCUCGAUGGCCGCACCGCGCCUACCGAGGACUCGUACGCCGCGUACGCGGCCAAGUUCUCGCGGCCGGCGGCGAGCAGCCGGCCGACGUACGACGACUACUCGUCCACGUCCACGCCGCGCUACCCCUCCUACACGUCGCGGUUUUUAAACCGAAGUAAGAGCUCCGCUGCGCUAGACGCGCCGGAGGAGGCGGCUCGCCCGGCGGGCGAGGCCGCCGCCCCCGGCCCGGCCGCCACCGUCGCUGACGGCGGCCGACCUGACGGCACGUCCAGAUAUGCGCUCCCCGCCGAGCGCCGAUCUUGGCUUGCCCGCAGCGGGAGCUCUGAACAGGCCGACGAGCGAGGGAGCAGCGGCGGUGGGUCCUCGCCCACCGCCUCGCUGCGCUCGUCGGUCCAGCGACAGGGGAGCGGCGACAGUGGCGCCGCCAGCGGAGAGCCGGCUAACCCCACGCCAGGCACCGGCGGCACGCGGUCGGAGGCGCUCAGCAGUUGGGCUCAGUAUCUGAAGAGCAAGUACGGGUACAAGAAUGGCAAGGAGACCAGCAAGGACGUGGGAAAGGUCCUGCCGCGUAGCAAGUCCUCGCACCUGCUGGGUCUGCCGGGGGAGGCGCUGCUGGACGCGGCCGUCCAGGCGGCGCCGCGGUCGUCCGCCCAGGUGGCGCCGUCGUCGCCGGCCCUCUCCAACACCGCCCUGCUCGGACCGCGCAGCCAGUACCUUCAGAAGGGUCGCCUCAGGUUCAAGAUCGGGACGCGUGGCGGUGGCCCGGGCUGCUUCACUUGGCCGCGGGGCAUCGCCGUCGGUCCCGACAACUCGAUCGUCGUCGCCGACAGCAGCAACCACCGCGUGCAGGUGUUCGAUCAGGCCGGCACCUUCGUCAAGGAGUUUGGCCAGUACGGCAACGGCGAGGCCGAGUUCGACUGUCUGGCCGGCGUGUCCGUCAACAGGAUCGGACAGUUCAUCAUAUCGGACAGAUACAACCACCGGAUCCAGAUAUUCGACCCGUCCGGGCGGUUCCUGCGCUCGUUCGGCCAGAACGGCGUGAUGGAGGGCCGCUUCAACUACCCCUGGGGUGUCACCACAGACGCGCUCGGCUUCAUCUACGUCUGCGACAAGGAGAACCACCGCGUCCAGGUGUUCCAGUCCGACGGCACGUUCGUCGGCACGUUCGGCUCCGAAGGGCGCAGCUCCGGCCAGCUGGCGCACCCGCACUACAUCGCCGUCAGUGCCACCAACCGCGUCGUCGUCACCGACAGCAACAACCACCGCGUGCAGGUGUUCGAUGUCAACGGCAAAUGCCUGACCACCUUUGGCGGCGAGGGCGGCGAGGAGGGCAAGUUCAAGUUCCCAAGGGGUGUCGCCGUAGACGAUCAAGGAUACAUCGUUGUCGGCGACUCGGGCAACAACCGGAUCCAGGUGUUCGAGCCUGACGGCACGUUCCUGAAGGCGUUCGGCUGCUGGGGUAGUCAGGAUGGCGAAUUCAAAGGACUGGAGGGCGUCGCCGUGAUGUCGAACGGCAACAUUCUGGUCUGCGACCGCGAGAACCAUCGCGUGCAGGUGUUUUGA